CGCUGCCUGGAGCUGCGCGUGGUGGCCAUGGCGGCCAGCGGGGCUGUGGAGGCCGGGCCCCCGGGGGCUGCCGCCGCCCCCUCGUCCGCCCCGGCGCGGGACCACUUGUUCCGGCCUAUCAGCGCCGAAGAUGAGGAGCUGCAACCCACAGAGAUCGAGUCGCUGUGCAUGAACUGCUACCGCAACGGCAUGACGCGCCUCCUCCUCACCAAGAUCCCCUUCUUCAGAGAAAUAAUCGUGAGCUCCUUCUCCUGCGAGCACUGUGGCUGGAACAACACGGAGAUUCAGUCGGCCGGCCGGAUCCAGGACCAAGGAGUGCGCUACACUUUGACCGUCAGGGCUCAGGAGGACAUGAACAGAGAAGUAGUGAAGACUGACUCUGCCACCACAAGGAUCCCAGAGCUGGAUUUUGAAAUUCCUGCUUUCAGCCAGAAAGGAGCUCUGACCACUGUUGAAGGAUUGAUCAGCCGAGCUAUCUCUGGCCUGGAGCAGGAUCAGCCCACACGAAGGGCAAAUGAAGAAGCCGUGGCUGAAAGAAUCGAUAAGUUCAUUGUCAAACUGAAAGAGCUAAAGCAAGUGGCCUCUCCUUUCACCCUGGUCAUUGAUGAUCCUUCAGGGAACAGCUUUGUGGAAAACCCACACGCUCCCCAGAAAGAUGAAUCCCUGGAGAUCACACGCUAUAGUCGGACUCUACAGCAGGAAGAGAUGCUGGGGCCUCCGGGUGAGUGGGCACCAGAAGAGAAGCCAGAAGAGGAGGAUUUCAGAAAGGAAGUGCUGCAGUUCAACACUAACUGCCCGGAAUGCAAUGCCCCGGCCCAGACCAACAUGAAGCUAGUUCAAAUCCCCCACUUUAAGGAGGUUAUCAUCAUGGCUACCAACUGCGAGAAUUGUGGCCAUCGGACCAAUGAGGUGAAAUCUGGAGGAGCCAUAGAGCCCUUGGGCACCAGGAUCACCUUCCACAUCACAGAUCCCUCAGAUAUGACCAGAGACCUGCUCAAGUCUGAGACAUGUAGUGUGGAAAUUCCAGAGCUGGAAUUUGAACUGGGAAUGGCUGUCCUUGGGGGCAAGUUCACCACACUGGAGGGGAUGCUGAACGACAUCCGGGAACUGGUGACCAAGAACCCUUUCACACUGGGUGACAGUUCUAAUCCCGGCCAGGCGGCAAAACUGCAGGAGUUUAGCCAGAAGUUGGAUCAGAUCCUUGAGGGUAACAUGAAGGCCCACUUUAUUAUGGAUGAUCCAGCAGGAAACAGCUAUUUGCAGAAUGUGUAUGCACCUGAAGAUGAUCCUGAGAUGAAGGUAGAGCAGUAUAAGCGCACAUUUGACCAAAACGAGGAGCUGGGGCUCAACGACAUGAAGACAGAAGGCUAUGAGACAGGCCUGGCUGCCCAGCGGUAGCAGUGGGUGGUUCCUGGCCAGUCUCCAACAUGGCUCAGACUGUGGGGUUAUUUAUUGCUGUUGGAAAAAGCAGGAGUGUCUCCCCACCAGGCCCUGCUCAAGUGGGGAGGGUACAUGGUCUGAGUUGGAGAUCAGGGCAGGCUUUCUGAACAGUUUGUGACAGAAACGCAAGCCUCUUAGGUUACUUGACCUUAUUUUAGAGGCUUUGAAUUGGCUUGGCAGAAACCGGGAAAUGAAUCAUCAGGCAUGUCAUUGUCACUUCUACUGGAUCAAGUCUUUCUCCUUCCUCCAGCAUUGCUCUCUCACCUAGGGUUGGAACUCUGAAGCUGGAGAAGGUGGAAGACAGCUGCAUCUGGAGUUUAGGAGUUGGUUUGGGGUGUCAAAAUGCUGACUUUCAACAGGAAAAGUCUCCUGAGGGAGAGGGUCAGGCCCAGGUGAAGAAGUUGUCAUUAAAAUGGUGGCUUUCAAACGGCA